CCGAACCAACAGAGCACCGGUAACUACAGCUCCCGGUCACUGACACUGGCCUAAUCAUGUGACCUGUGGGCGUGACUUACAGAGCACUUCCGGUGCGUGACAACUACGGCUGAGGGUUAAACUCGAAACAUGGCAUCGGAAGCCGCAAUCGCUACAUCAGGGUCGCACCUUCCCAAACAGAGCUACAGAGACUACUAUUGGCUGCGCUCAUUUGUAGCUGGAGGGGUGCUUGAAACAUUGUUUGCGGUUCGUAAGAAAGAAGGAUUUAUGGGGCUGUAUAGAGGAAAUGGAGCUAUGAUGGUUCGGAUCUUCCCAUAUGGAGCAAUACAGUUUAUGGCAUUUGAUAAUUUCAAAAAGUUAAUCAGCAAGAAGUUUGGAAAAACAGAACACGUGCACAGACUGAUGGCUGGAUCAAUGGCUGGUAUAACCGCCGUUAUUUGCACGUACCCUCUCGACAUGGUCAGAGCACGUCUUGCAUUUCAAGUCAAAGGAGAGCACAGAUACAAUGGGAUCCUGCAUACCUUCAAAACCAUGUACACAAAGGAAGGUGGUGUCAGAGGAUUUUACAGAGGACUUGUGCCCACAAUUAUAGGGAUGGCACCCUAUGCAGGGUUUUCAUUUUUUACCUUUGAAACCUUAAAGACUACAGGACUGAAAUAUGCACCUGAACUGCUUGGAAAGCCAACUUUGGAUAAUCCAGAUGUUCUGGUUUUGAAGACGCACGCCAAUUUGCUUUGUGGUGGAGUUGCUGGUGCUAUAGCUCAGACUAUCUCAUACCCACUGGAUGUGACUAGGAGGCGAAUGCAGUUAGCAGCGAUUCUCCCGGAUUCUGACAAGUGCCGGACAGUGCUUCAAACUCUGAAAUAUGUCUGCAAAGAGCACGGUAUUAGAAGAGGCCUGUACCGCGGGCUGUCUUUAAACUACGUCCGAUGCAUUCCGUCCCAAGCUGUGGCGUUCACCGUGUAUGAGUUCAUGAGACAACUUCUGCGCCUAAACUAGUUCCGUUGUUGCCUCUUGUAAAGUGUACAAAGGAGACUGAACUAUUUUUUAUUCUAUUAAACACUUGAACGGACGUUAGACCUUAAUGUUGGUAAAAAUGCUGUUGUUCGUAUAGUGUGAAAUGACAUAGGAUUAUAACACACAUUACAAGGGCGCAUGUGCGGCAGAGAACAAACCAGUGGGUUACAUCACACGGCUACAAACCUUUACAGUACGUAGGAAGUAUAUUCACAACAUCAGUUAACCUCCUAUGUCUGCUCAACCUGCUGAAUGAACAAAAAAGCAAUUUUAGUCAAAUUAUUUUUAUACGUUUUGUUUGUUAGCUGAACAAUGACAAAUGUAAAAUGACAUUUUUGUCUCAGGCUAAUUUUUUUACUAUGAAUGUGAUUUUUGUAAAGAUUAUGUCUAAUAUUUAUAACAGUAAUUUAAAAACCAAGUCACCAAUUGUAGCUCUGAUCAUUAUUGUACAAAAAUAUCUAGAAUAAAUGGCCGUAAUAUUA